CACACAACUACAUAUUGAACUUUUUUUUUGUUUUGAUGUGGUGUGUGCCAUUUAUCGAUGAUCGAAGACGACACAGAGAAGAAACAAAGUAUCCAUCGACACUGCGUUUAAACAAAUAUAUUUUUCAUCAAAAUAAAUACCGACAAAAAAGCUGUAAAAACAAAAAUUAUUACAACAGUUCAAUCACAACCGCCGUAAAAAAACACAAACACAAAAUUGUAUUUUGUAAAAAGAAAAAAAAAUUUUAGAACAUUGUCAAAGUAAUUAAAAGGUUUCAAUUCCGUCUGCAAUUGCUUUAUUUUGAUCUCAUGUGUGCAAAAGAAUAACAGAUUAUUUUCGGUUCUAUGUACAUGUUAAACAAUUUCAUACAUGCGAUAUAAAACGUCCGGUGAACGAAUAAUAAUAAUCAGAACACAAUAAAAAAUGGGUGCGCAUCGAAGCGAUAAAAUAUCACUUCCACCAUUGGGUGCAUAAUACAAGUGAAAGAGCGCAUUCUAAAAGACAGCGAAAAAAAACACAAUCGCUUCCGAGUCGUUUAUUCUGGCCAGUUUUGGUGCCAUCGGUUGACUUAUUAAAAAAAAAAAACACUAUAAAUGCCAGUUGAUCAACAAUAAAAUGAAAUAGUUCCAUGUGACAUACAAAGUAGCUUUUCUCUGAUGAUUUAAGUGAGUGAAACAUUGUUGAAGCUUAUACAGCAAACCGUUUGUGUCUGUGGUGACAUAACCAUACGAUUCAUUAACGAAAAAAAAACACAAUCUCUUUGCGAUUUACGUGAGAUUGAAGGCAUAAUUAACUUUUAUUCGCAUAGACAUUCAACAGAUUGUGUUGGCGCACUGAAACUGUAAACAUCGCGAAAUAGAAGCUGCAAAAAAAAUAUUGACACAAAUUAACACCUUUGCAUCACAAAAAGCUGUUGUUUGAAUCGGAACAAAUGUGCAACAUUGAAAUGUACAUAGUGCGUCACUGGCUGGUUCAUUAGUUACAAAAUAGCAAGUGAAUUGAAGUGAUUUGUAUUUCGUACUUUCCAUUGGGUUUGUCGACAAUCAGAGCUGGAGCUGUUGUGAAUAAUAUGUACAUUUUUGCAGAACACUUGUGUCAGCGUCUAUUUUUAUAACGGAAUUUCGUUGCGAGUAAACACAUCGCCGGAUAAAAACGAAAAACAACCUACUCUUGAACAUUUAUAUAUUUUUGUUUGUUCUGAAACCUGUUUGUGCAACAAUUUUUCAUCAAAACUUAUCAUUUCUUAAUAUAGACGUAUGCAUUCGGGAAAUGUGAAAUUUCAACAUUUUUUUUUUUUUUUCAUAAUAUGAUAAGAAAUUAAGUAGCUUUUGUUUGCGGAUUAAAAACGUUUUUUUCAUAAAAAAAAAGUGAUCUUGAAUAAAAAAACAGCAUUUGAUACGAAAAUGUAUUGGCUGGCACACAUUGAGGGUGGACCACGUCGGGUCAAUCAUACGGCUGUGGCGAUUGGUGAUUUUAUUUACAGUUUUGGUGGCUAUUGUAGCAACGAAGACUAUCGAUCGUUGAAUACAAUUGAUGUGCACGUAUUGAAUACACAAAAUUUGCGAUGGUCACAGGUGCCACAGCGAAAAAAUGAACACGGUUUGUUGCUACAAUAUCCAGAAGUACCAUUUCAACGAUAUGGCCAUACGUCGGUUGCAUACGAGCACAAAGUUUAUAUGUGGGGCGGACGAAAUGAUGAAACUGGUUGUAAUAUCUUGUUUUGUUUUGACACACUAACAUUGCGAUGGUCAAAGCCAGAGGUGACUGGCGAUAUUCCUGGUGUUCGUGAUGGACACAGUGCUUGCAUCAUUGAUCAUUUUAUGUACAUUUUUGGCGGUUUCGAAGAGGAAAUCAAUCAAUUUUCGUGCGAUGUGCAUAAAUUAAAUUUGAAAACGAUGCAUUGGUCCUAUAUUCGAACGACUGGUCAACCACCAAGCUAUCGUGACUUUCACACUGCCACCAUUUUGAAUGAUCGCAUGUAUAUCUUUGGCGGACGAGGCGAUACACACAGUCCAUAUCAUUCACAAGAAGAAAUUUAUUGUUCGCAAAUUGUUUAUUUGGAUUUGAGGACACGAGAAUGGAUACAUCCAAAUAUAACCGGUGCUGUACCGAUCGGAAGGCGAAGCCAUUCGGCUUUUGUGUAUAAGAAUUUACUGUACAUUUUUGGCGGAUAUAACGGUAUCAACGAUCAACAUUUCAACGAUUUGUAUUGCUUCGAUCCGGAAAAGAAUCGAUGGAGUAUGAUCGCAACCAGAGGCAUCGUACCGAAACCACGUAGGCGUCAAGUGUGUUUGGUUAUUGAUAAACGAUUAUAUUUAUUCGGAGGAACUAGUCCAUCUGAAAAUAAUACAAUGCGCGGUGGUCACGGCCAAAAGUUAUUCGAUUACAGUGAUACACAUGUGUUGGAUUUCGAGCCGAAUCUAAAAACAAUGUGUCUCAUGUCAGUCAUUGAAAACGAUUUGGAUCAAUCUUAUUUGCCGUUUGAUAUCAGAUGGGAGAUAAGAAAUAUGACACACGCCAACAAUAUCAGUCGACCGUUGAACAACACCGGAUAGAUAUCAUCAUACUAUCAUAAAUCAUCAUAAUGUAAGAUACACUCAAAUACUUUGUGGUGACAAAGUGUUUUGCAUUCGCAAUUUAAUAUUUUGUACCGAUUUGUUGAAUGGAUUCUUUCCGUAUAUUUUGUGCAAACGGUCCGACCUUAAAUACCGAAUAUAAUUUGAUAAAAAACACUAGUAGAGGAGCAUUAGAAAAAGCCUAUUAUUCAUUUCGUUACCAAAAUAAAAAAUAAGAAAAACAAAUGAUCUUGACCGAUAGACAAUUUAUAGAAGAGUUGCUGAUAAUUUAGUAAAUACUCUAAUACCAAUUGAAUUCACUUUGAGGCAGGAUUUUCUCUUAAUCAGAAAUGUAAUUUUUUUCUUCAUAAAUGAACGCAUUUUUUACCAGAAAUCUAUAAUUUUUCAUAAAACAUUACUCGAAAUACAAACUUAAUCACAGAUUGACACACACACACACAUAUAAUAAAAAUAGUUUACAACUUUUUAAUAGGAAUUAAUUUAAUAUAUCAGUUACCACUAAUAAUUUAUGAAAAUAUACAAUAAUAAUAAUCAUUGAAUUCAAUUUGGAAUUUUGACGAAAAAGAAAAAAAACAUUUUUAAUCAUUUGUGAACUGGACCAAUGCGAUUUUAUGGGAUGGUAACAAAUUCGACAUAAAUCGAGCAUUGAAAUUGUAUGCUUUUUCUUCUGAUCUUUUGAAAUAAUUGUGAUCAUAAGCCCGUAGAGCAAUGUUUAUAAUAAUAAAACCAAAAGUUGAACGAUAUCGAAUCCUCAACCGACAAGUUUGAAGACAAAAAAAAGUUAUUUAUUACCAACAUUUGUCAUACAUUUUUUUGUUGUUGAAUUCUCGAUAUCACUAGAUUACAAAUAAGUUAGGGUUUCCAUAUGGAAAAUAAAGUAACAUUAUUAUCAAUAAGAACCGCAUUUGAUUUAAAAUUUAGCCCCAGCAAUGUGUGAGUUUAUCGAAUUACUUACAUAAUAAACGAAAAAAAAAACACACAUAUAAGUGUACACUUGAAAAGAUGUUACAAAAAUAAUUCGAAAUAAUCAAGAAUAUUUUAAUCUGUGUUAUAUAUAAGACGGUAAUUGUUACAUCCGAAAACAUUUAUUAUAUUGGAAAUGUUUAUUUUUUUAAAAAAAUACACACAUAUAUACAUGAAAAUUAAAUAAAACACACAAUAUAUACAACUUCAA